ACAAAACAUAUUAUAGGUACACGGAAAGAGGUUACAUUUUAUGGCUAUCUUUUAGUUUUAAAAGUUAGCUUCGUUUCAGAUUUGACGUGUCUAGGAUUUUCCAAAGAUAUUUUCAAGAUGACCAUGAUGAAUUCAAAAAGUUUGGAUUUCGUGGAAGAAGUGAUGGGAUGCAUUAGUGAGUCUGUUCUGGAUAGUUUGAACUCGACGAUCAGCUCAGUUGUCACACAGUCCAUGCCGUUCAUAUGUAAUGAAACCAUGCUUGAGAAAAUCGAGGCGUAUGUGAGGCCACUAUGGGAAGUGGAUUUUGUCAUGGCUCUGAUAUAUUGCUGUCUCGUCGGUGUGGCAUUGUCCGUCGGUACAGUCGGCAACAUACUAAUUUUGAUCGUUACGGCAGGGACUCGGACUAUGAACAGGGUCGGUCGGGAUUUCGUGAUAAACUUAGCUCUUGCCGACCUGUGUGUCGCUGCCGUGGCGGACCCAAUGUGCAUACUAGGAGUUGUAAAAGGAGAGAAAUGGUUCCAAAGCCGCUGGAUUUUGUGUGAGCUUGUUGCCAGCAUGUGUCUGACGGCAUGUUUCUGCGCGUUCCUUAGCCUCACUCUGAUGUCAGUCAACCGUUACGUGUUCGUCUGCCAGAACAACUUGUACCGAAAAUUGUUUCGGCGUCCAGUUUGCAUCACGUUAUGUCUAAUGUGCUGGAUUUCCGCCUUCCUGUUCGAGUUUCCCAACUUCAUUGGUUGGGGAGGUCAUUACUUUGACAAGAAAAAUCAGCAGUGUAUCUGGGAUCGGACAGCGAGUUUCUCGUACACAGUGUUUGUUGCGGCAGGGCUGAUUGGCGGCCCACUUGUACUGAUGGGGCUAUGCUUCAUACUGGUGUUCCGAAAAAUCUGGAGGACAAAGAAAAACGUGUUCUCGCUUAACCAGGACGAUCCCCUAAGGAUGCGGAGAGUGUGGCAAGAAGCAUUGCGAUCUUCACGUACACUGGUCAUCAUCUUUGCCGCCUUCGUCAUCUGCUGGACACCGUAUGCUAUCCUCACGGCGCUGGAUGUGAAUGACACGUUCUCGACCGAGGUGCACCUGUUUGCAACCAUGCUGGCACAUCUUCAUUCAAGCCUUAACUUCACAAUCUAUAUGUGUACGAACAAGAGAUUUCGGCAGUCGGUGUCCUCGUUGUUUCGAUGCAGCCUUACUUCAUUCACAUACCGGAGUUCUACGGACCAUGACAAGACGUUGGAUACAUCUUCGAAAAAUGAGAGAUCUAUCAGUGAACUGCCGAAGAAAUUUCGCAUCAACGCAGGACUUCAGUCCGGGAAAUCCGUACACAACAGCUUUGCUGAUCUCCGAUACACUGACAAAAAUAGGAAACUGGGAGUGAAAUGCGACGAGGCUGGUGACGAUAAAGGCUACGUUAGUGAGACAUGCGAAGAAGUGCAGAAAUACUAAAUAUCUUUCUAGAGUUCCGUAUGUUUCCUGUCUUGCUGGUGCCGACAUUGGACCAUGGAAACCAGCAGUAACUUAUUAAGUGAUUCUAAAUAACCAGAAACACCAGGAAAGGACUGAAACAGCCUAAUAACAGAAAAACAUAUGUGUGUCUGAUUUAUUCGUGUAUAUUGUAUCAAUAUUAUAGUUUCAAAGGUUUAGUGGCAUUUGCGUUAAACUGCCUGCAUAGAUUGUUUGAAAAAAGUACGCAUAUUAUUUUAUGGAAGGAAACGCUGCUAGAAUUAGAUAGAAAGACAAUCGUUUAAAAGUUUCUAUUCCUUGUUUGAUUUUCUCCUCGAAGACAAAUAUCGCAGUAUUUAUUGUUAGCCACCGGUGGUGUCAUUACCUUCUAACAAAUGUAUAUUAGAUACUAAACAGAUCCAGGGCCGGAACCAGGGGGCUCGUGCACCCCUCCCCCUCCCAUUUGGCUGAAAAGUGACCUGUACUCAGCAAAGUUGCACCAAACUCUUUUGGCAAAGGAAUAGUAUUUUCACAAAAUUUAGACCCAAAACAGCACCAGAGGCCAUCAUUUUAGACCUAUAUUUCAAACUUUUUCAAGGGGAGACCCCUGACCCUUCUAAUAUGAGAAUCUUACCCAAAACUGCACCAGAGCCCACCAUUUCAUACUUAUAUUUUAAAUUUUCCAGAGGGAGACACCCUGACCCCCCUAAAAAGAGGGGAGUACUCACUCUUUUACCCAAAAUUGCACAUUAGGCCACCAUUUCAUACCUAUAUUUCGAAACUUUCUAGGGGAGACCCCCUUAAAAAGAGAGGAGUAUCAAAAAAAUUGCACCAGAGGCCACAUUUCAUACCUAUAUUUCAAAAUUUUCCAGUGGGAGACCCCCUGACCCCUCUGAAAAGAAGGGAGUACCCCCUCCUGUACCUAAAAUUUGUCCAGAGGUCAACGUUUAUAUCUAUAUUUUUAAAAUAUUCCUGGGGAAGACUCCCCUGACCGCCUAAAAAGAGGGGAAUACCUUCUCCCGUUCCGUUCCUUAGAAGUUAGACCUAAAAAUGCACCAGAGGCCACCAUUUCAUACCAAUAUUUCAAAACGUUAUUAAAAUUUGUUAUAAUUUUGUAAUAAUCGAUGUUUUCGUGAGAUUUAAUAUUGUGAAGUUAUAAAUAUUAUGUUUAUUUUAACGACCAUGACAUUGCAGUUUAAUUAUGCUACUAUUUUACACAAAAUUGCACAUUCUAUUUAACCGCAGGUUUUUUUUAAUUCUGGCAAGGCGAAAGAAAAAUGUUCAUGUAUAUCAUGGUAAAUUUAACUUUCAGAUGGAAAAUAUAUCUCUCAUCUUGUUUCGAUCAGUUAAAAAGACUAAAAUGCCACUGCUUGUUUUUGAGGCAUGAUAUCAGAGAAUUGAUGAUAUAUGCAAAUACUGAGUCAGUCCAAAUGUGUAUUGCAGUCCGGGGUCUAUAUAGCAGCACUGAAACCAGCUCAGUUUGAAGAUUUGUUGUGGAAUAUGCACGCUAGUUGGUCUUAAUUGGUCUGUACCAAGUUGUUCAAAACUUUAACCGGCUUUUAAACUUACCGAUGGUUAAUGUUUGAUUCAAAAUACUGGUCUUGGCGGGAAACACUAGUAUGAUAUUUUGACUUUGCUGUAAAAACUUUUCAGUACUCAUAAUCCUUAACUAUUACAUUUGUUCUUCAAAGUCUUCUAAAAGGUCGAAGGUAAUCGACCCUUAAUUUAAUCGCAACAAAGGGGUCCAGGUCGUGGAAUAAACUAUCCCUCAUAUCGUUCAAAAAGCCAAUGGUAACAACACACUUUACACUUCAGACUUCACAGAUCAUGCACCACACUUCACAUUUCUAUUUCAAACUUCAUAAUAGCAGCGACAAGAAUUGGAUUGAAUCCGCAAGAUAAUCCACCAGCA